AUGAAUCAAAAUGAACUCAAUCAUUUAAUAUAAAAAUGUUAUAGAAUAGAAAAAGAAUUAGGAGGAAAUGCAGAAGCCAGUAUAUUUAAUUUUAUAUUUGAAGCAAAAAAAGUAAAAAAAUCUAGAGAAUUUGAUGUUAUUAAAGAUAUAUUAAUAGCUAAGAUAUUUCAAAUUAGCAAACUAUAAGAUUAAAGAGAUGAGAAAAUGGCUAAAUAUGGAAAUGAUAGAGAUUAAAUUGCUAUGGGUAUAAUAGUUUCUUAAUAUUUUGAUUAGGAGUUUAAAUCAGGGAUGAAAUUCAUGAAGUUGAAAGAAUGAUUAAGCAAAUGGGUGAAUCAUUGGAAAAAAUGAGCAGAAAUCAAAAAAAAUAUCCAGCUCAAGAAAUUGAACUUAGAUCUAAGAUUUUAUAAAAAUACAGAUAGAAUGUUGAUAAUUUAAAAUUAAGAGAAUAAGGAGAACGUCAAGAAGAUACAGACAAUGAAAAACCAUUGCUUCUAAAAGAUUUAUAAUAAUGUAAUUUAUAAUAUUAUGUAUAGAACUUUACAAAAAUAAACCAAAUAGAGAAGUAGUUUAUCAAAUUACAAAAGAUGAAUAAGAGGCAUUAGAUCGAUUUGCAUAAAAUGAUCAAAUAAUUGAUGAUAAAUUAGUUAUUAUUAUAGAUGAAGUGGAUAAUAUGAAAAAUAAAGCAUAAGCUAUUGGAACUGUAAAUAUUAUUUUAUAUAUGUUUUCAUUAGAAAAUUGAUUAAACAAAAGGAUAACUUAAAAUCUUGGAUAAAUAGGUUGAUAAAACUAAUCUAACAUUAUUGAACUCUAAUAAAUAAUUAAAAGAACUCCUUAUUAAAUUUAGAUAACCAAACAAAUUUUGCUUAGAUAUUACACUCUUUUUACUAUUCUUAGGAAUAAUUGGUGUAAUUGUCAAUAUGUUUUAUUCUAAAUGA